AUGACACGAUGCACGUUGCAUGCCAGCGCCAGGUUGGAUACAGCCAAAUUAAUCGAUGGCAAAAAGUUAUCGGCCGAAAUCAGCGAGGAGGUCAAGCAAGAAGUCGAUGAUUGGAUGUUGAAAGGUAAUAGACGACCACAUUUAUCUGUUGUCCUAGUUGGUGAUAAUCCUGCCAGUAAAUCUUACAUUAAAAGUAAGACUAAUGGCUGCGAUAAGGUCGGCAUCGACAGUAAAACACAUGUUUUGUCCGAUGCAAUUACACAAGAUGAAUUAUUAGCUUUUGUGGAUAACUUAAAUAAAGAUGACGGCGUCGAUGGCAUCCUUGUCCAACUUCCUUUACCAAAGCACAUGGACGAAAGAACAGUAUGCAAUGCUGUUGUACCAAGUAAAGAUGUUGACGGCUUUCAUGCUCUCAACGUCGGUCGAUUUUGUUUAAAUGAUAAUGCCUUCUUACCUGCUACUGCUGCCGGUGUAAUGGAAAUGAUCUAUCGAUAUAAAAUACCCACUUUUGGCAAGCACGCUGUUAUUUUAGGUCGAUCGAAAAAUGUUGGAAUGCCCAUUAUGAUGAUGUUGCAUUCUGAUGGAAGUGGCGAUGCUACUGCAACAAUUUGCCACCGUUAUACUCCACCUGAGCAGUUACUGAUCAACACGAAAAUGGCCGAUAUUCUAGUCGUAGCUGUCGGAAUACCAGGUCUGAUAAAAGCAGACAUGGUUAAACCUGGUGCCGCUAUUAUCGACGUUGGUAUUAAUCGAAUCACUGGUCCUGAUGGCAAGCAACGCUUAGUGGGUGAUGUCGAUUUUGAAGGCGUAUCCAAAGUUGCUAGCUAUAUUACCCCAGUACCUGGUGGUGUCGGACCAAUGACUGUUGCUAUGCUAUUAAAAAAUACCAUCGCAGCUGCAAAGAAGAUUUAUAAGUACUAA